UUUCUGUUACAACUUUUCCUCGGGAAAGCAAGAAGAACACACAGCUGUGGCGGCUUGCACUUUACAUUCCUCUUCUCAGCUUUGGAAACCAUGCUAACAAAGUGUGAAAACAUCAGAGAUGCUGUGAAAUCACUUUUUGUUGGAUACUGGGUUAUACUUAACGUUUGUUCCGUAGGUGUCCACGGCCAAGAGGGUAAUGGCUGUGGACAUACACUGCUGGGAACAGAAUCAGGCACCUUGGCCUCUCAGAACUACCCAGGCACUUACCCUAGUAACACUUGGUGCAAGUGGAAGCUCCGUGUGCCAGAAGGGCGUACACUGCGACUCCUCUUUGGGGAUUUUGACAUUGAGGGUAGUAGCGGCUGCAGCAAUGGCUCUCUCAUCAUCGCAGAUAAAACCGGAAUACCCCACUUGGGUCCAGUGUGUGGAAGGCUUAAUGUGUCACAAAAGAAUAUGACACUUCCUAGCAAUGAAGUGACAAUAACCUUCAAGACGAGGUCACAUCGGUCUGGAAGAGGGUUCCUACUGUCUUACGCCACAGACCAGUUUCCAGAUAUCAUCUCUUGUUUACAACGGGGGUCUCAUUUUAGUUCGCCACAGUUGAGUGUUUACUGUCCAGCUGGAUGUAAGAAUGUGGCAGGUGAUGUUUGGGGAGGUCCUGAUCACGGCUAUAGAGAUACGUCAGUCCUGUGUAAGUCUGCUGUGCACGCCGGAGCUACAUCUGAUAGUCUUGGAGGUCAUGUGAGCGUGACCCGCGAGAGGAGCCUCACGCUCUACGAAUCCACUUUUUCGAAUGGAAUCCUCUCGAAAAUGGGGUCAUUAUCAGAAAAGAAGCUGGUGUUCACCCAAGAAUGUAAAAACAUCCUGGCGGUGUACGCUUUAAACGCCUCAUCUUUUUGGGAGAAAGACAGCCAAGAGCACAAAAUGUCCUGGUCUGUUAGGAACUUGGAUUCCGGACAAGAGGUGCUGUUCUGGAGUGCAGGAGGGAGUGAUGCACACCCCUGGGUGGAGCUGGGGCUCACUGAUAGAAGCACUAUCACAGGAGUAAUCACAACUGGCUCUAGUGAGAACCACAUAGAAUCCUACAUCCUCCAUUACAGCAAAGACAGACAGAACUGGAAGGUUUACAAAGACGCUGUCAGCAAAGAAAAAAGGGUGUUUCAGGCCUAUGCAGACGGCCACCUCAGGGUGCUCAACAGCCUAUUUCCUCCCACCUUGGCUCGCUUUAUUCGGCUGAAGCCACAGAGUUGGCACGGCCGGGCUUCGGCUCAGCUCCAGAUCCUGGGCUGCCCUGUCAAGGUUACACCAAGGUCUCGCUCCCCUGAAGAAUCGCCCUUUAGCAAAGAGAAGAUGGUGACUCCAAACACGCCUCCAACUUCAUCAGAAGGACCAGUUUUAGUGGAGACAAGACAGAGAGCCAGUCAAGCAGUCAUCAUCGCAGUGGGAGUGGUCCUGGGACUGAUCAUGUGCUUCAGUUGUUUAUUGGCUGGAGUCUGGUGGAAGAGAAGGAAAAAGUCCUCCCAAAUGAAGCACUGUGUGCCAGCAGGUUGCCAGAGUUUACAGGUUAAGAGUCUCCCCAGCUCUCCAUCAGAGCUCAUCUCGUACCCACUGGAGAGAAAUAUCCAUGACGACCUACCAAGCCCCCCUCUCAAUGACUAUGCCCAGCCAUUGAAGGUGGGCUCUACAUUUCGCCCCCCAUCAGACGAGGGUUACACCGUUCCCUUCACAUUCAACCAUUACGACGCUCCGGUCAACCUUCCAGAGUACGCGCAGCCCCUUCCACCGGAGCCGGAAUACGCCACCCCAUUCAGUGAGCAGGAGUGUGCGGGAGCCACACACAGCAACACACGAGGGCCUCCCAUGUUGGCAUCUACUACCAGCGAGGGGACGUACGCCUGCCCCUCCCACAGGAUGCUCGACAACGGCUACUGCACCCCUGCCUUUCAUGUGGAUGUGCCACAACCUGCUACCAUUGGCAUAUACGCCGAGCCCAAGUCAUGUGACUCUUUACUGCUAAGGCAUACCUAUCAGCAGCCUUUGUGAUGGAACGUACAGCUCACACACUGUGAACCUCAGCUGAAUGGUCAGUGAAUGAAGUACCCCAAAGUUGAGGGUAACAUGCAAGAGUACACGAUCUCAUGUGGACUGAAAGGAGAAAUGAACAUUUUCAAGACAAUAUGGCUCCUCGUCUUUUUUAUUUUUAUUGAUUCAAUGUUUCACAAGUUGCACUUUCAGAAACUAUAUUACACAUGACUGGAAAACAGCAAAUAACAUGUUAUCACAACAUAUAUAUUUACAAUUGAAAAGAUUUUCUCUCAGCGGCCGUGACGCACUGCUGAUGGGGUCCAUAUUGUCGCGAUGACUACAAGCUACCACGAGGUGGCUCUAGUAAGUUGUACGCGUUUGCAAACGAAAAGAAUUGCUAAACAACAGUAACAGUGGUUAUAUUAGUAACGGAUAUAUUAUAUUAAUUAUAUAAAAUGUUAUCACACGUAAAGGCACAAUGGCUAUGUUGUCGCAAUGAUUAGGACACAGGAGACAACACUGAAAUGUAGUUUUUGUGCCAACCAAUGAAAUGGAAAGACUGUCACACCUUGACUCCUAGCUGUAAAAACAUUAAGUUAAUUUACUAAAUAUAAAAUAAAUUACAUUUAAAUGUGAAACUAGUAUUCAUGCUAAUUGCGAAAAAAUCUAUUCAAAGACAAGUACAGUGAUGCACAUCAUAGUAUUCUAAAAAUGUUCUUAUUUUCCUAAUUAGAGCUGCUUUACUUAGUGUAGCACUGAAAGCAAUUUUUCAUUUAGAUUUUUUUUUCCUGCAAUUUUUAUGGUAAAAUUUGGCUAUCAAUAAAAGGGUCCAAAAUUCCCACAUUUAAGGCACAAUAAAACCUCUUUUUGUAAUGUGAUUGUUCAUAAACCUGAUCAAUGACUCCAUCAGUCAUCCACACUUUCUGGUCACAACUUUAGGUACACUAAUGGGUACACAUGAGUUUGUGAAUAAGAUGCAUCUAUGUUGUACAACACUGCAAACACCUUGUUGAAUUACUAGUAAUACCUCUCUGACAGCAACGUCCUAUCUGAAGUGGAGUUUAUGUAGGGGAGUUCACUAGAUUGUGCAGGCGUACCUAAUAAAUUGCCCAGUGAAUGUUUUUGGGGUUUAAAAAUGAUUAAGUUAAACAUACAAGUCUAAAAAUAUCAUCCAUAUCAUUUUUUUUUUUUUUAAAGCAUGAGGUACGUCUCCACUGGGAGGCAUCAAAAGACUUCAGGGGAGAUGAGUUUGACAAACAAAGAAAAACAUAUUCUUCAAAGCUACUAAAUUCAGUUCUGUCAAAGUGAAGUGAUUUAAAAACAUCUACAUUUACUACAGAGAGAGUAAAGAGAGUCUGGGGUUAUCAGAAAACACCACAAAAGUUCCGGAAAUAGAGUUUUCAGGGAGUAGAGGAGGCCCCAGCUGAAUGAUAUAUAGUCUCUGAGGGGAUGCUCACUGUGCCACACCUGGCCGAAAUGAUAUCGUAGCAGAUGUUCAUGUAUCUAAUGUACAGUACUUAUUAGGUUAAACAA